UGUUAGUCUUGCAGACCAGGAUGUCUGUUCUGCAGGUCCUCAUUCUAUUUCUACAAAUGCUUAUAGCAUACCAGUUCUUUGUAUCUCAUCAGAACAGUAUAAUACAGUACUGUUCAUACAUACAUACAGCUUAAUGUCAGGUCUUCCAAAUUUAAACAUGCUGUUAUAUCUUUGGUGCUUGGUAAGAAGAGCCUAAGUCAGUGCAAAUAAUGUUUGAAGCCUGUCUUAUGAAGCAUGUCAGAUGUAAUGUGUGCAAUUUAAAAAGGAGUGACUAGUAAAACUAAUUUGUGUGUGAAGCUAUGUCAGAUGAAAAGCCAGAGCAAUAUGAGAGUGUUAUUCAAAAUGUAAUUAUGAAUUUAUGUGUGUGGUUAGUUUAUUAGUAUAUUACUGUAGUUUGGUAAUAAACAUGUUUUGAGAGUAGUAUAACUUUAUUGUUUGUAAAUGUGCAGUAUAAAUGCUUCAUAAUUGUGUAAUAGGUAUAGAGUGAUGUUUGGCUGUGGGAUAUGAUUCUGUAACAGAAUUGUAUUUCUAGAUACUUUCUGAGUGUGAUAUAUUGUACUGUGGUUCAUACAGCUUGACUAUAUUUUGGGCUAUGUAUUGGUUGUAACACAGAAAUGAGGAAACAAGUGUGACAUAUUAAAAGAAUAGUUCACAGUGACCUGUUGCCCAUGGUAAUGAGUUCACAGUCGCAAAAAGUAACACAAUGAACAAAAUAUUGUUUUGUUCAAUAAUUAUUGAUUUCCAGUCUAACAUUACUGGCAUUUUCUAUGAAGCUUUGGACAGGCUACACAUGAUGGUUGGCUGUGAGAAACAAGUAAUACUUGCAGAUUUUUAGGGCAAAUCUGUUUGGGAUACAGAGAUGGAAACAGGAGAUUAGUUUUCUAAACAUUUUAUGUAUCAGAGUGUAAUUGUAUUCUAUUGCCACAAUUCUUAAUGAGUUUAUAUCAGGUGGCCGGGUACUUGAGAAGUUAGAGAAUGCAUUUGCUUCCAAUUUAAUAUGAUGAUGUACUUCAAUUAACUUUUGUAUUGUAGACAGUUUUCCUUCAUUUUACAUCAACACAAUUGGAAAUAAAGAAAAGCAGGGCACAUGUCAACAAACUUUUAAGUGGCAGGUUUAUGGAAUACAGCGAUACAUUUAUCGUAAUUGUACAAAAUUCUCUUUUUGCCAACACAUUAUGAACAACUCUGCAGCCUACGAAAUAAUAGGAUUUAUGUAUAUACGCCAUAAAUCAUUCAUAGCAUGGUGUGGAACAUGUCUACACUGCUACCAACUUUGUCUCCGAUCCAUAUACGCCUACAUUAUAGGUGCUUAGGCAGAGUUUACAUUUUUGUGACGUUCUGUGGUAAUGGUACUUGUGUCAGAAUGAUAUAAAAUGUGACGUAGGGAAUGAUACGUAUUUAAGCUAAUAAUAACAUAAUAUGGAUGUAAUAAAAGAAGAACCUGAUUCAGAGACUGAGGUUCGUCCAAGAUCAUCAGACGAAGAUCUGGCUGAUGCAAAACAUGAACAUCUGCCUGAACCAUUCUCAUUUGUUGAAGUUAAGCAAGAAGUGGAAGAUUCGUGGGAUGGUUGUGAAGCCAAGGAUAAAGAAGCAAGAGGACGUGAUAUUUGUGAUGGUGAAAAUCACCAAAUUCAUUACCAGGAAGAUAUUGGCGAUAGUAGUGGCAGUUCUUCAUCACCACUGAAUUCACAGGGUGAUAAUUCAACAGCAUUGAAUUCACAUGCCAGUGGUGAUCAUUGCACAACCAAGUUAAAUCUAGAUGUUAAUGGGAAACAAAAAUGUAUUUCUGAUGACAGUAUGUCAGUCCCAGGUGGCAGUUCAUACAAUAUACAAAAUCUAAUAGAAGUUUUAAGUUGUGGGAAUAAGAAACAAAAGGCACACAAACAACGUACUGAUAAUAAACAGAAGCGACGGAGGAAAAAAUCCUAUCAGUGUAGUGAAUGUAGUACUUUGUUUCCUGGAAAUUAUGAACUUAGGAUGCAUAUGCGUACCCACAUGGAGGAAAAACCAUACAAAUGUGAACUGUGUGAGCAGGGCUUUUAUACAAGUUCCCACCUCAACAGACAUCGACGUUCUCAUACUGGUGUUAAACCCUUCAUAUGUGAAGUGUGCAACAAAAGGUUUUCGGAAAGAGGAAACGUCAUUGUGCAUCUGCGUACUCAUACUGGAGAAAAACGUCACACAUGUGAAUUGUGCACUAAACAGUUUUCUAAUAGCAGUGAUCUAAAGAAACAUAUUCGUACACAUACGGGCGAAAAACCGUACAGUUGUGAGUUGUGUAGUCAAGCUUUCUCCAAUAGAUCACAUCUAGCAAGACAUCGUCGUACACAUACGGGAGAAAAACCAUAUGUGUGCGAAUUUUGCAAGAAGUCGUACUCUAUUAGGGCAUGCCUUGUUAUGCAUCUUCGUUCUCACACAGGAGAAUUGCCUGAGAAAUGUUAUAAGUGUGAAGUGUGUGAUAAAGCAUUUGCUUAUCCGUCGCACGUCACUGUACAUCUUCGAACUCAUACAGGAGAGAAACCUUUUAAUUGUCAUAUAUGUGGUCAAGCAUUCUCUCAUAGUUCUCAGGUCAGCGCACAUGUUCGCACCCAUACAGGAGAGAAGCCAUUUGAAUGUGACAUAUGCCAUAGGGCUUUUCACAUGGAUAUGGAUGUGAAUAUCAAAGUGGAACCGAGAUCAGACGAUGAGGCUGAAUCAAUAGCUUCAGAGAAUGAAGAUGAUACAAAACAGGAGGGCAAGAUGGGAACAUUUACAUUUGUUUCUGUGAAGCAAGAAGCAGAAGAUACCUGGGAUUUGAGUAGAGUUAAAAAGGAGUUUAAGGAUGAAGGUAUGACAAUAGAGGAACCUGAAGUGUGUCUGGAAAGUGAAGAUAAUGUGAUUUCAAUACAAGAAGAUGGUGUAAUUGCUGCCUCUACAGAAUUGGACACAUUUAACAUCCACCAUGCUUACACUACAUCUGAUUAUAUCUCUACUGGCGUUAAUACAGUAUUCCGUUCUGGCGAAAAGUUGUAUGUGUGUGAAAUAUGUGGCCAAGAAUUUGUACGCAGAGCCGAACUGUAUAAGCACACCCACUCACAUAAUGGAGAGAGGCCAUACAUAUGUGACGUUUGCAAAAAGAAUUUCUCAAAGAAGGCCACCCUUAAGGAACAUUACCGUAUCCACACCGGUGAAAAACCUUUCACAUGUGAAAUAUGCAGUAAGAGUUUUUCAAAAAGUGGGAAUCUUUCGAAACAUAGACGUACUCACACUGGAGAAAAGUCAUAUACGUGUAAGUUGUGUAAUAAUCAUUUCACAGAUAAAUCAGUUCUUAUACAACAUUCAUGUUAUCAAUCGGAUCAGAUGCCAUUUAACUGUGACAUAUGCAAGAAGGGCUUCAGAGAAAGCAGAUACCUUACAAAGCAUCGGCGUAGACAUACAGGAGACAAACCGUAUGGAUGUGAUGUAUGUCAUAAAAAGUUUUCUGAUAAAGGAUUCUUGAAAAAGCACUAUCGUAUUCACACGGGUGAGAAGCCAUUCAAAUGUGAUUUAUGUAAUAAAGAAUUCACCCAGAGUGGUAAUCUUUCGACGCACAGACGAAGUCACACUGGGGAGAAGCCAUUUGGUUGUGACAUCUGUGGUAAGAAAUUUUCUAUGAAACAGAAGUUGAAAAAGCAUUAUCGUAUCCAUACAAGAGACAAGGCAAGCAAGGCAGUAAUGGAGGAAAAACGCUAACUUUAUGAAAUAUAGUGUACGUGAAGGUAUUUGAAACAUGAAUACUAUGACUGAUGCCUCACUUUUUUAAUUUUUUUCCAGUUUGUGCACAAACAAUAUGGGGAUCAUUUUUUCGUCUGUGUUGAUAUUUUUUCAACUUAUCAGUGACUGAAACUGCAGAGGAAGAAAAUCUUACUAAGUAGGAGAUUGGAGAGAGGUUUUUCAAGCUGGGGAAAAAAUAUAUCUCUUGCAUUAUUCCAUAAGCAUUGAAAUACUGCACAUGAAAUUUAAUUCUGGUGGUGUAUUCACAUUCACUGACAGCUAAUUUAUUGAGCUGUUUUUAAAUCCAGGAUAGCCUUUAUUUCCAGGAGCUGUGGUUUGUUUUUAUUGAACAGAUUUUAUGCUGUAUCUCACAUUUUGUUCAUUGAUGAGAAGUGUUUGAAUUUUUCGGAUCCUUUUGUGUCUUUUGACUUAGAUGAUUCCAUUUAUCCUUUUCAUAUUUAAAAAUACAAAAAUGUUAUUUCUAUAAAUACGUAUAUAUUAUUACCUCAUACAUUAAUUGAAAUAACUUAUUUAUUAGGAUGCAGAUUUGUGGGUGAUGUACCAUAAUACUGGUUAAUAUUAGGACACUGAUUGUGGUAGUAAGAUUUAUAGUUUUUCCGGAAUUAUUAUCCUGAUGCUUAUUUGCAUUUCAUAUUUAUUUUGUGUAAAAUGAUCAUUUAUGUAUAUUUUCUCUCAUGUGCUUUAGAAAUUAUAAUUUUUUUUAAAUUCAGUGCAACGAGAAGGAAAGAAAUAUGUGAUAUUAAUGAACUGUAGAUAGCUAAUAUUUUGGACUACAGAUAUGGUAGUAGAUCUUCUGAAAAGUUAACACAAUUAAUGGUUUCUUUAUGUACACACAAAAUACCUAUAAUAAUGUUGUUUCUGUAUAAGUCCUCAUACAAGAAAAUGCCAUUAAUUAAGACUUGAAAGUGUUCACAUUUAUAGUCAAAGUACGUCACAUACUAUUGAGAUUAUAUUCUUUAAUUUUGUAAUUUUAGUGUGUUAUGUUUUCUUUCUCUGACUUAAGAGAGAAAUUAUUUCUGAAAUUCUAUUCAGAAUAUGCAAUGCUUAUAAUGUGAGAUAUAGAACAGGACAAUUUUUAUUAUAAUCACAGCAGAAAUAUGUUUAUGAAAUAUAUGAAUUAGAUUACAGGCUGCUAACUGUUGAAUGUGAGAUACUGCUUUUGAUAGAUAUGUUUAAGCUGAUGAUGCAUGCAUGAUAUUAAGGAAAAUUCCUGUAUGGAUUUGAAAUUGGAGGAGAAUGUUUUUUCACUGAUGCACAUGUUUGAAGGGGUUAUAUAGUUUAAUAAUAAUUUAUUUUAUGGCAUAUCUGACAACAUGUAUAUAUUCAAUAAAAAAAUGAAAUGAUUGAAAACAAUUAAAAUCUGAUAAAAUUUCAUUGCAUAAAGCAAGUACCUUCAGCUAGCUGCCAUGUUUCCUGGAGAAUGGAGAAUGUAGAGGUGAAAUGAGAGAAAUAAUGGUUUUUGGUCCAUUAUUGAUACUGCAAAGAGUUAAGAUGCUGUGCUUGUUUAAUUUAGAUAAGUGAUGAUUGAGGAAUAUUACAACUGGAACAACACAUAGAAAUUAAACAGACCUGUGAGAGUGAUUGUGCAGUUAAAGUAUUUUUGUAUAUGAUCUGUGCUUUUAGAUUUUUUUUAUUUUUGUGCAUUUUUAACUCCUCUAUUAAUCAUCACAUUGACAUUAAUUGUAUUUAUUAAAUCAUUUUCUUUCAUUUUACAUGUCUUCCACCUAGUGAACUGUGAAAAAAUAUAGCUGCAAAUGUCUGUAUGCUUCAUGCAGAAAAUAAAGUAAUAAUAUAUAUAAAAUUGUUCCUAAGUGUUA